AUGGGUGUCGACCCUAUCCUCUCGGACGCGGUGAACACGGGGGCGGAUCGUCAGGUGAUGAUGGAUCCGUCUUCAGUCUCGAGCGUCUGUUCGAGGUGGCUGGCGUUGACGAUAUGGACGAUGGUGCGGAACUCGCACUGCUGGAGAGGAGUUUGGAGGAUGAAGAUCCUCCACAUUAACCUCCAGCACUCAAAGGUGGCCUUCGCCGAUCUUUUGCUUCGUCUAGGAAGGGACGAAGCCGAUGUUGUCCUUAUCCAGGAACCGUGGCUGAGCAGCUAUGGAAUAUCCGGACUAAGGGCAAAAAGCCAUAAGCUCCUGGCGGCAAGCAGCACAUGUAGAACCAGAGCCUGUCUGUUGGUCAGAAAUGAACUUAACGUUUUUCUUUUACCUAAUUUCAGCAACGAGGACGUCGUCACUGCUAGGCUAGAGGACAGUGCUAGAGAAAUCUGGCUUGUCUUAGCCUAUUUGCCGCAUGACGACGAGGUGGAACCACUUCCGGGCCUGCUGGGGAUGGCUAUGGCAGAGGCCAGGCGCAAAGGAGCCGCGGUCCUAAUAGGCUCGGAUGCCAAUUCAUGGCACACCGUGUGGGGGAGCUCGGACACAAACGUA